AUGCAGCGGGUGGAUAUGCAGCGCGUUGGAUCCCAGCGGAGCGGCGUGCUGUUUGGUGGAGCCGUGCCGCGCCAUCUGCUCGCCCAAGUUCUUCUGGCAGGUCACGUGCCUUCCUCACAUCGCCCUACUCACGUGCCCUCCUCACAUCGCCCUCCUCACAUCGCCCUCCUCACAUCGCCCUCCUCACAUUGCCCACUUAAGGCUGCAUUUCGUGCCCACCACUCACCUCACUCCCCUCCAUCACUUCGUGCCUAUCGUGUUUGUCUGUCUCUCCACUCUACCCCUCCUCAUUCCCCUCUGCCCCUCGGCCCCUCAUUCCCCUCUGCCCCUCGGCCCCUCAUUCCCCUCUGCCCCUCGGCCCCUCAUUUCCCUCUGCCCCUCGGCCCCUCAUUCCCCUCUGCCCCUCGGCCCCUCAUUUCCCUCUGCCCCUCGGCCCCUCAUUCCCCCACUGCCCCUCGGCCCCUCAUUCCCCUCUGCCCGUCGGCCCCUCAUUCCCCGCUGCCCCGCUGCCCCUCUGCCCCGCUGGCGGUCUGCGCCCCGCACCCUCGUCCCCCCUGCCCGCUCCCCCCCCCACUGCAGCGGUACGGCUUCACCUUCCCGCUCACGCUCACCGCCAUCCACUUCGCGCUCUCAUUCGUUGGCGCCUUCACGGCCAUUGAGGUCAGUUGUGCUUUCACGGCCAUCGAGAUCCUGCAGGUGUGUCCCAAGGCGGCGGUGGAGGCGGGGGAGAUGGUGGCGUGGGUGAUGCCCAUGGCCGUCGUCACCUGCUUCAACGUCGUGCUCGGCCAGCUCUCCCUGCGCUAUGUGCCGCUGCCCGCCCUCCUCUCCACCAAGGCCCUCUCGCCCGGCCUCACAGUGGCCAUCCAGGCGCUGGCGCUACAGGCGGACUACGACUGGCGGCUGUGCCUCUCAUUGCUGCCAGUGAUGGCGGGCGCCAUGCUGGCCUACGCGCCCUCCGUGCACUUUGCGCUGCCCACGUUCCUGUCGGCGCUGUGCUGUGUGGUGCUGGGCUGUGCCACGGUCAUCUGUGCCGAGGUGCUGCUCAAGGGCAAGCAGUACAGCCUCGACUCCCUCAACGCUCUGUACCAGCUGGUGCCCUACUCGGCGCUCAUCCUCGCGCCGCCAGCAGCGGUGCUGGAGGGGUGGCAGCUGUGGGGGUGGUUCGUGGCUCAGGCCAACCCCUGGCCCGCUGUCAUCGCCAUCCUCAUUAGUGGCUGCUUCGCUUUCUGCCUCAACUUCUCCCUGUUUUACACGAUCCAAAAGACCAGUGCGCUGACGUUCAAUGUGGCGGGCAACCUGAAGCUGGUGAUCACACUCGUCUUCUCCUGGCUGCUCUUCCGCACGCCCAUGGCGCCCAUCAGCCUGCUUGGCUGCCUGCUGGAGCUCGUGGGGGUGGUGUGCUAUGGCUGGGCCAUCUUCUCCUUGCGCAAGCGGCAAGUGGAGAUCAUGAGAUCGCCCUCGGCGCAGGUUAGGGUGGAGCAGGAGGCGAGUGAUGAUAUAGUGCAGGUGUAUCUAGGAGCUAUGCUCCUCCCAACUCUACAGAUGGCAUCGGCGGAGGUGAUACGGGUUAGCGAGUGCAAGGCGGCAGUCGUCGCUAGACUUCGGAAUCUCGACGCUGCGGAAUGGGGAAUGCUGUGGGAGAACGCGGCGGCGGCGGACGAGGAGGAAGAAGAGCCCUUGGAGCAAGUGCCGCACAGCGCGCCGUUUUCUCUGUCAAGCCCCAUCAUGGCAGGCGCUGCGGGGACGAUCAGCGCGAGGCGAAGCUGGGCGUGGCGCGAGAAGGUGAGGUCGUUCGGCCGGCAAUUCUUGCCGCGGCGCGGCAGCUGCGACGACCUGAACGUCGCGAUUACGACGGUUACGGUAACGCAGGCGAAGCGAGCAAAGUCGUUUCCGGAGUCCAACGAGCGCGGCAACGAGAAGGGCCCCAGGGCCGGGCGAUCGCGGCGCGUGGACAGCCGAGGCGUAUGGCGGAGCGUCUACGAGCCGAGGUGGCUGGAGGAAGGGCUGGCGGAAACCUCUGGAGACCACGAACGGCGCGCGCACGGCGUGAUUCGCGACGGGAUGGGAGUGCGCGACGAUACGGCGCAGCGCGCGGCGGAUGCACGGGCUGUCGCGGGGGGAGAGGGCUCGGCGCGCUACCAGCUGCUGCGACAUAACUCCCUUCCCUGCGCGUGCGCGUCGCAAAAGGUUUCGCCGACCCUACCGCGACGCGCGUCGGCGAUGCAUGUCGAUGGCAGCGCUGAGCAUUCUGCUCGUUCCGUCGCAGGAGCGAAGGAGCAAUUGCCGUCGUCGUCGUCAUCGUCGCAGCACAGGCGCACCCCGUCUCUGCUCGUCAUCCCCCCAUUCCUCCCCUCCUGCCUCCCCUCGCCCUCGCCCGUUGCCGCUCCCUGCCGCACUGCCCCCGCCACGCCGUCUCCCCUCACCAACACGCUCCGCAAUGACUUCGCCACCGCUUCGGAAUGCAGCCCCACCGACGGCUGCAGAGACGCUGACGGCUCGCCUGCUGCUUCCGCUGGCAGCGGUGGCGGGAAGCGGAGCAGUGGAGCAAAGCGCGAUGGGCGCACGACGCGAAGAAGCCCCGCAGAAGGGCGGACUCUUUCGAGCGGCACACCAACAGAGGGCGGGCAGUCGGGCGCGAAAUGGCGGUCCGCCUCGAUCAUGGCGACGCCGCGACUCACGGCGAGGCCGCCGUCUCCGUUCGUUCCGGCUGGCAAGAGCGGAUUGUGCUGCAAGUGCCACGUGGCGCGCGUGUACGCGCUGAUGGUGUUCAUCAGCCUCCUCGCGCUGAUGCUCUUUCUCCUCGUGCCCUGGGCCGCGUCGCACGGCGCCAUCCGUGCGACUGCUGGCGACGCUGUCGCUGUCGCAGAGGCAGGAAGCGGAGGUCGUGUGCGAGGGAGGGGCAGGGGUCCGCAGCGCGAGCGCGGGGAAUCGUUGCAUUUUGGGGGGAAUGGGGGGAUUGCGGAGAGCGCAAUGCGCAUGGGCGGAGAGCAGGCUGACAUGAUUCAAGCGAAGGCAGUGACCAUGGCGGACGCUGCUGACGCUGAAGCUAGUAGCGAGACUGCUUUCAAGGGAGAUGAGGCGUCGAUGGGGGGAACAGGGGCUGGGGAGGAGAUGGAAGAGGGGGAGGAGAGAGGAACCGAUGGGGGAGAGGCGGAGGGAAAUGGGGAAGCAGGGCAGGGAGGGGAAGGAGAGGAGCGAGGAGGAGGGGGAGGGGAGGUGCCGAUGCCUCUGCGGCACACACCCUUCCUUCUCUUCUUAUCACCAGCCCCCAUGCCUCCCCAUGCCAUGCGCCACUGUGAGCGCCCACCAUACCCACCUCCUCCCUUUCCUCCGCGCCCACCCUUCCCCCACACUCUGCCUUCCAUCUCCCCCUUCUCUCCCCACGUCCCGUCAACAGCAACGGUGGCGCUUUGCGAACCGGUGCAGGUGGCGGUGCGGCACGGCAUGGCGGCGGACUGGCAGAUCAAAAGCAACUCGCUGCGCCCACGGGCGGACGGCGACGUGGUGGGAGGGGUGGUGCAGGACGACGGGUGGGUGGAGGACGGCCAGGGGGAGGGCGGAGGGGGAGGCGGAGGAGGGGGUGGAGAUGGGUCGGUGCAGGUGCCGCAGUUUGUGGAGGGGUUUGGGGUGCACAUAGAGCAGUAUGCGGCGGAGUACUGGCUCACGCUCUCCCUGCUCGCCGGUGGGCUGCCCUCCGUGCAGCGCGUGCGGCGGGCAGAGGACGCCCACAUCAUCUUCGUGCCGGCCUUCUCCUCCGCCUUCUACGCCACGCAGAUGAAGACAGUCUCCAUGGAGAAGGCAUCCUGGCUCGCUUCCUGUGUGCUCGCUUCCUGUGUGCUCGCUUCCUGUGUGCUCGCUUCCUGUGUGCUCCUUGUCCGUCUCUUCCCUCCCUCUCCCACCUCCGCUUCUGCCUGCUUUUCUCCCCCUUCCCUGCCCCCUCAAGGCAGCAAUGAGAGGCGGCGGCGGGCGGGGGACACGAGGAUACCGGAGGAGCAGCACGUGCUGGCCGCAGUCACACAGCACGCGCUGUGGGGGGACGGGGGCGGGCAGGGAGGAGGGGCCAGCCAGGGGGCUGAGGGGCAGCAGGGGGAGGGCGAGCUGCUGGAGAAGGUGGAGGUGGAGACUGGGGAGGGCUCACCUGGUGGCGGUGGUGCAGGGGAGGCGGGCGGCAGCAGCAGACGACGACUGCUGCGAGCGCUGAGAGGGAGACGGAAAGGGAAGGAAUCAGGGGCGGGCGAGCAGGCGCAGAACGCACAUGUGGAGGGCCAGCAGGGACCCGAUGGUGGGGCUGGAGGGGCAGAGAGGGGCGAUGCAGCAGAGAAGUUGCAGAGUGAGGGAGGCAAGGGGUCCCUUGCGUCUCGGCGGGGGGACUUCCUCAUUCCAGCAGUGCACCCCCACGCGCUGUCCACGGUGCGGCACGAGCUGGCAGCAGCGCACUUGCUGAUGGUGGACUUCAGCCAGCCGGCGGAGCAGGUGGCGCAUUUAGACAAGGACGUGCUGGUGCCCUACUCCGCCCUCAUCCCGCCCUUCCUCAAUGACUCGCUGCCGGGGGAGACAAAGGGUGGGCAGGGCAGAGUGGGAGGGGCGGAGGCAGGAGGGGCCAUGCGGGUGCAGCUGGCGCGGCUGCUGGCGAACGUGAGUGGGGCAGACAUAGCGGAGGGGUCGCCACUGCAAGGAGGAGUGCAGGCUGCCACAGCAGGCAUGCGCUCCUCCAAGUUCUGCCUCGUGCCGGAAGGCGACACGGCGUCGUCAUGCCGGCUGUUUGACGCCAUUCUAUCGCACUGCAUCCCGCUGGUUGUCUCUGACUCGCUCGACCUGCCAUUCGAGGAGGCCCUCGACUACACCGCCUUCGCCCUCUUCCUCCCACAGGCCCUCGCCCUCCGCCCCGGAUACGUUGAGGCCUUCCUGCGAAACGUGUCGCACGAAUCAGCAUAUGCCAUGUGGCAGCGGCUCAAAGAGGUGGCGCACCAUUUUGUCUACUCCACGCCGCCCAAGCCCGGAGGGGCGGAGGACAUGAUCUGGCAGGCUGUAGCGCGGCGGUGGGCAGGGGACCACUAUGGGCGGCGCUACAACCGGGAGAACCAGAGGAGGCGGAGGAGGGUGAUGGAGCAGCUGUUGGAGCGAGAAGGGCUCAGUGCUGCUGACAUAGUGGUCAGACCACGUGCCCUGCCACUCAUGUAA